AUGUUUUUUCGAAGAAUAACACCACUGUAUAUAUUAAUUGGUAUAUUAGUUAUACUGGUUAUAAUUUUCAAUAUAUCAAUACUAACUACAUCAUCAUCUGAUACUUUUAAAUAUACAAAAGAUGGAGGAGCUACUUAUUAUACUGGUGGUAAAAAGGCAAUGCAAGCUCAUAUAGAUAAAGUUGAUAGUGAAGAAUUUUUAGCAAGUAUAAUGAAAGAAUUAGAAGAAACUAAAAAAGAAGAAAUUUUAGCAGAUUAUAAAAUUAAAAUUUCAAAAUUAGAAAAACCCAAAAUUAUUCAAGAUUUAAAAACUGAAAUGAGACAAAAAUAUCUUGAAAAAAUUAAAGAUACUUUAAAAGAUGAAAUUAAAGAAGAAAGUACUAAUGAAAUUUAUAAACAAAAUGCUUUAAGUUAUGAUUUAUAUCAAAAAUUAAUUAAUGAAUAUGCAAAAGAACAUGUUAAUGAGUUUAAACCUGCUGUGUUUUUAGACAUAUUAUCAAAAGAAAUUGAUGAAUUCCAAAUUCCAUUAGAAUUUGAAAAUAAAAUUGAAAAAUCUGUUUUAAAAUAUUUUAAUAGAAAAAAAUAUUUUCAAUAUCUUAUAAAAGAUAUUUUAAUAUCAAAUAGACCAAAUUGUGAACCUUUAUCAAAAGAUGAAAAAGGUAAAAAAUUAAAUCCUACAUUUCAAUGGGAUACAAGACUUAUAUCAGAAAAAUAUUUAAGAGAAUCAAAUUUAAAUAUUCCUGGUGAUAAAUUUAAAUGUUUACAAUUUGCUCAUGAUAAUGUUGUUAAACAGCUAAAAACAUUACCUGAUCCUCCAAAUCAAUUUAUAUCUGGUGAUGGUAUAGUUAUAAAUGCUGGUGGAGGUAUGAUUCCUGGUGCUUUGACUGUUAUAACAAAUUUAAGAGAUCAAGGUUCUUCAUUACCUGUUGAAAUGAUUUUAGAUACAAAAGAAGAAUAUGAUAAACAAAUUUGUGAAGAUUUAUUACCAAAUGUUUUAAAUGGUAAAUGUAUUAUAAUUGAAAAUGAAAUUGGUAAAGAAAUUUAUGAUCUAAUACCGGGGAAAUUUUCAAAAAAAAUUGUAGGAUUUUUAAUAUCAUCAUUUGAUAAUAUUAUUGCUCUUGAUGCUGAUAAUUUUGCAAUAAAAAAUGUUGAUAGUUUAUUAUAUACUGAACCAUUUUUAUCAACAAAAAUGAUUUUAUGGCCAGAUGUUUGGGUUAAAUUAACAAGUCCUUUAUAUUAUAAAAUCGCAAGAAUUGAAAAAGGUGAACCAAUACAUAGAUUUGGUAUAUCGAAUGAUGAUAAAUUUUAUGAAUAUAUUCAAAAAGAUAAAUCAUCAGAAAUUCAUUUUCAUGAUUUUGCAAAUUUACCAAAUCCUAUAUCUACAGAAACUGGUCAAAUUGUUUUCUCCAAAAAGGAACAUAUGAGAUCAUUAUUAUUAACAUUGUAUUAUAAUUUAAAUUUAAAAGAUUGGUAUGAAGAUUUAUUAUUUCAAGGAGCAUUUGGAGAAGGAGAUCGUGAAACUUUUGUACCAGCAUUACAUGUUAUGAAUGAAAGAUAUCAUUUAAUGAAUCAAAAAAUAAACAGAUUAGGAUAUGAAGCAGAAAAUGGAGAAUUUUCUGAUACUGUAUUAACACAAACUGAUCCAAGAGAUAAUAUUGAAUUUUAUAAAGAUUGGAAAAAAUUUUUAACAACAAGAAAUUUAGAUACAAGAUUGAACCCCUUUCAAAGUGGUGAUUAUACAAAUAAAUUAAUUGAACAAUUUAAAGAUUAUAAAAAAAAAAUUAUAGAAGACAAAAAAAUUGAAGAUGAAGAUACAGCUCAUAGAUUAAUUGAAUAUAAUUUACCACAAAUUUUAUUUUUACAUUGUAAUCAUCCUAAAAUAGAUCCCAUAAAGAAUUCUCAAGAAGGAGAAUUUGGUACUUAUUCAAGAAGAUCAAUGGGAAAACCUGAAAAAAUUUAUCAAAUUUUACCAGAUAAAGAUUGGGAAUUAAGAUUUCAUUCAAUUGCAAAAUGGAUUGCUUGUGAUGCUAUAACUUCUUCGGAUUAUUGGCAAAAAAUUGCCAAGUUGGAUCAAAAAACAACUUGUUUUAAAAUUAAAAAAUAUAUUGAUUUUUUAAAAUUAGAUACUUUAUUUCCGGAUUCUGAAUUUCAAAAUUCUGAUGUUUUAAAUUUUAAAACUUUUAAAAAAUUAGGUAAUGAUGGUGAUAAAGGAAAUGAUGAUUCAAAUAAUAAUGCGAAUGUUAAUGCUCAAGCCCAAGCUCAACAAGACGGUCAAAUGCAAGCACAAGGUCAACAAGAAGUUCAAAAACAAGGUCAAGGAGAAGAACAGGCGAAAAAAUUAGAUUUAAAUAAAGCAUUAGAUAAAAAACCAAAUGGACCACAACCACCAUUAAAAAAUUCAGAAAAAUUAAAUACAAAUCAGAAUAAUAAUAAAAACCAAAAUUUAAACGUUGCUAAACCAAAUCCAAAACCUGAAUAG